AUGGUGGAGAUGCGACCAACUCCCCCCAGCACUCCAUGCUCGCCAUCCCCCGAGACCACCUGGCCGUCUCUACCUCUCCUCACACCACCAGACUCGCCGACCAUUCCAGCCCCCCGAUUCACGUCUGGACAACCGUUCGCUCUACUUCCGUCACAACCGUCCGGCGUUUCCCGGCGCAAACAACGGAGCAAUACCUGCCCACGACUUGCCUUGUUUCCUACGGUCCCUUCGCCGGAUCGGGGUCGCCUCGGUGCUGAUGCGGAACCGACGAAGGAGGAAGAGGAGGCCGCCUUGUCGCUGUGGCCGUCGCCGCCUUCUCACCCUCCAGGGCCCCCUCCGGGGCUCCCUCCAGGGGAAGAGCUCUCCAUCAAAGAACACUCCAUCCGAGUCCGGGAGCGGAUGAUGAUGAUCUACGCCUCAGAUAACGAGAGCGAGGGCGAAGUCCCAGAGCCAGCGGCGGUCGAUGACCGGAGGAUGGCGAACUGGUGGUUCUUCUUCUGUUUUCGCUAG